AUGGCCAAGGAAAAACCCUUCGCGAAGCCUACUGCCAAUGGCAAGGCGGGUAAGAAAGAUGUUUUGGGGUCGGUCAAGUCGGGGGCUAUCACCAAAAAAUCUACUAAAUCCACCAAUUCGAAGAAGUUGGGCCAAAAAACUGUCUCAACCGUUUCAGGUCACAAGGCGACUGGGCUGAACAGGUCCACUCAAUCUACCAAGAAUAUCGAACCUAAGAGGAAGGCCAAGGCUCCCACUCCACUGUCCUCUGAGUCUGAAGAUAGUUCUGAGUCUGAAUCUGAGUCUGGCUCUGGAUCUGAUAGUGACGAGUCCGGGUCCGAAUCUGAGGUCGAGACCAAGAAGCCCAUUAAAAAGGCCGAGGUUAAGAAGGUUGGGGUAAAGAAGGUAGAAGUCAAGAGGCCCGAGGCCGGAAAGAUUGUGGCUAAGAGGCCUGAACGAAAGGAGGCUGUCGCAAAAGACUCUUCUGAUUCCGAGUCCAAUGCAUCUUGUAGCGAUGGUGAUGGUGGUGAUAGUGAUAGCGAUUCUGACGGAGAAGCGCCAAAGGCUAAAACUGCGUCGGAGACCACAUCUAUUUCCAGUUCCGGUAGCGAUUCCGAUUCUUCCUCUGACUCUAGCUCUGAUGAAGAGGAAGCACCAGUUGCCAAGAAGGCAGCUCCUGUCAAGGCUGUCAAUGGCACCAAGAAGACUGUGGGAGUGGCUGAAUCUUCGUGCGAAUCCGAUAGCGACUCUGACUCGUCCUCCGAUUCCGAUGCCCGAGUCAAGUCUACCGGGAAGGCCGUUUCUGAUUCAGAAUCAUCCGACUCCUCCGAUUCCGAGUCAGAUGCUAAGAAGCGCAAAGCUGCCACCGAGGCCGAGCCCACUCCAAAGAAGGUCAAAACUGUAUCCUCCGCUCAGGAGGGAGCCAAAAAUCUUUUUGUUGGAUCACUGUCAUGGAACGUUGAUGAAGGUUGGUUGAGAAAUGAAUUCGAGCAAUUCGGUGAGAUCGCCGCUGUGCGCGUCGUCACUGAUCGUGAGAGCGGUCGUUCCAAAGGGUUUGGGUAUGUCGAAUAUACUACCAAUGAAGCAGCUAAGAAGGCGCUGGAAGAGAUGAAGGGCAAAGAUAUAGAUGGCCGCACUAUUAACGUUGACUUCUCUGCUCCUCGCCCGGAGAAUCCUCGCCAAGACCGCUCUAGGUUGUAUGGCGACCAAAAGAGCCCCGAGUCUGAAACCGUGUUUGUUGCCAACUUGAGCUUCGAGGCAGAUGAGCAAAUCGUUCAAACUGAGUUUGAGGGAUUUGGAAACAUUGUUGGAUUGAGAAUUCCAACUGAUCCCGAAUCCGGUCAACCUAAGGGCUUUUGUUAUAUCCAGUAUGACAGGGUUGAUUCUGCUCGUAAAGCUGUUGAAGAAAUGAAUGGUGCUCUCGUUGCUGGCAGAGCCAUUCGUACUGAUUUCUCUACCCCCCGCGAUCCGAGCGCCGGCGGUGGCCGUGGCGGUGGCCGUGGUGGCCGUGGCGGGUUUAGUGGCCGUGGCGGUCGUGGUGGCGGGUUUACUGACCGCGGUGGCCGUGGUGGCAGCCGUGGUCGUGGUGGUCGCGGUGACGGCCGUGGCCGCGGCGGGCCCGGUGGUGGGAGAGGAAGAUUCCAAUCCCAAAACCGUGGUGGCUUUGGAGACUUCCAAGGAAAGAAGCAGAAAUUUGAAUAAGCCCCAAAGCCUAUCACACCGCACGCCCGGAUUUCAUGGUAGCUCAAAAUAGUCUAUGGGCUCAAUAAUAUCUUGUGGGUGACUAGCGGCUUGUGGAUUUCGUUUCAUUUUUUGGGGAUUAUUUCCGGGGGGCUUUUUAUUUGUCAUGUGGGGCCAUUGGCUCUUUGCCUUGUCCAGUGUUACCUGCUACGCCAGGCUCAAAAGUUUUGCAUUUUAUUUUCUUAUCCUGGAGCCUCUUACGAUGGCUGCACGUCUACUUGUGCUCAAAUUACCUAUUAUAGACAGAAUAGGAUUGCUAUAAUGUUCUAUCAUGUCAGUAUUGUAUAUAGGGUUUUCGGAAUCAAUCAAAACUAUGACCACAUUGGGGAUUAGAUAAA